AUGACGUUUUUGUUAGCGGGACACGAAACCUCAAGUACUACAACGAGUUGGGCAUUGCUCCUACUCGCACAAAACCCACUUGAACAAGAUUUGUUACGUGAAGAAUUGGUUAAAGCUUUUCCUGACAAGUCAAAAUUUAAUCCCACUUUUGAGGAAAUCAAUUCUUUGGAAUACUUAAAUAAUAUCGUUAAAGAAACCUUAAGAUUAAUUUCUCCAGUUGUAAAAGUUCAACGAUAUAAUACUAAAGAUAAAAUUCUUUGUGGACAAUUUAUUCCAAAGAAUACUAUAAUUGAUAUUCCAAUUUCGACAAUUAAUAAACUCCCUUCGAUUUGGGGUCCAACGGCUGAAAUUUUUGAUCCAAAAAGAUGGUCGGAUCCUUCUUUAACCAAAAACAUAACCAAUUAUAAUUUCAUUCCUUUCCUAACUGGUGCUAGAUCUUGUAUAGGUAAUAAAUUAGCAUUAAACGAAAUUAAGAUAUUAUUAAGUAUUCUCGUUAGAAAUUUUGUUUUUCAACCAGUUGAAGGUUUACACAUCAAGAAAAAAGCUGGGUUUUUCAGUAAACCUGACCCACAUCUCGAAUUGAUUGUUUCUAAAGUUGAAAUUUAA